UGAGCAACGGUCAUGACGCCCGUGUGGCGGCUUGCGCGGCCCUGUGCUGUUCAGGUUUCACUUUGGGGGCGGGGGGAACCAUGUUGUUGGUUCAUAAAACGAGCCCUUCCUCAUUCCAAGACAACGCGAGGCCCUCCGCAGCCAUGUAUCCCAAUCAAAACUACAACCACCGUGGUUUUGUCCCCUGCCCGGGACAGCACCUUUUUGUCCAGUGCUCGGGCCGUAUUCGUGUGGCGGAGGGCGACAACUACUGUUUGAACUGCCAGCGUACGCGCGACAUCGUAUGGGGUAGUAUCUCCAACCCCUGGCGAACUAGAGUUCAGCCCACGCAAGAAACACACAGGACACAGGGACUUGUGCUGGAUAGCUGCCACAUCGCCAGAUUCUAUAACAUCACAAAUGGGGACGGCCGUCACUCUCCGCCUGUAGAGAGAAUGCGCGAGCCGCGCCGCACCGAUUCGGCAUUGCGCCAGGAGCUACGCUCAGAUGCUGAUUAUGGCCUUCACCGCGAACGCUGCGCGCCAUCUCCAGCUCGGGGAUAUAGGGAGUUCUCGCCGGAACCACGCGGCCGCGAUAUCUUUGUCAUGCGCGACGACAGACCUCGCUCUCCGACGCCCGGACCGUUUCCCAGAACCCGUCCGCGACGCAACGGUCGAGCGCAGAUUCCGGUUUCGGUUACUUCCAGCGGGCGCAUCCAUCUCGCUGAGAGGCUGCGGUAUAACUCGGAUGCGAGCGUCAGUGUUGGUCUCGAUUCUGAUUCCGAUCUCGAGAGCAACACCAGCAGCCUUGACACGGUGGAAGUGGGCCUGCGCAGGGUAUUCGCCCGCCACUUCAACUCGAGAGCCACGAGAGGCAGGGUGGCUAGGGACCAUGUCUCUCGGCGUCGAGUUGCUGACGGUUGGGACAGCGGGUCGUCAACGGAAAUCGAACGACCCGGUCGUCGGGAGGCCAAUGUCGAGGAACCUGUGACUGAGACCGCACUUCUGACAUCCGAGAAUACAUUGGGAGGCUCCGAUAUGCCGGCUACGGCCGAUGGUGACGCACAAUGCAAUGGAGUCGGCCAAAGCACCCCGCAUUAGGUUGGUGGGCUUCGAUUGCUAUUGGGGACGAGGGCGGGUGGUCCGCAGCGUGCGCUCGUGGGAGCAACUUGAGACUGGCCGAGCUAGGCUUGAUGCCGGGAUGGAACUACUUCGUAGGGGGCUGGGCAUGUGUCGUUGCAGCGUCUGGGACGCUGAGCUGGAGAAGUUAUCGUCAGAUGCGGUCCGUGAACGGGUACAUGAUCACUCUACAGUUUUUAGUUUUCCAUUAGAAUUUACCUC